GUUACAACAGCAAAACCUUAACUGAAGCCAGGCAAACACACUCACUCUCAUCUCUCAGUGGUUUUGUUCAUCUAGGUCUGGGAAAACAACUCUCCUCCCACUCCUUCAUCUCCCUGCAAAAAGUGAGCAAACUAGCCCAGAGAAACUUGAAGAACAGAUCUCAGCUGUGAGACAUUUCAACAGAUCAAGUAAUGGCCUGGACCAGUAAUAUCUCCUGGUUUAAUCACCUUGCUCUACAUGAAGAACAUUUUAGGAGGUACUUAAACAGCACUGAGGAUUACUUAGCCUUCCUGUGUGGGCCCAGACGGAGCCACCUGUUCUUACCUAUGGCUUUGGUGUACACCCUGAUCUUCGUUGUUGGGGUAGUAGGUAACUUCUUAGUUUGCCUGGUAAUCCUCAAACACCGAAGCAUGAAGACCCCAACCAAUUACUACCUCUUCAGUCUUGCCAUCUCAGAUCUGCUUGUGCUGCUUUUUGGAAUGCCACUGGAAGUCUACGAGAUGUGGAGCAACUACCCCUUCUUGUUUGGGCCCAUCGGCUGCUAUUUGAAGACGGCACUCUUUGAGACAGUGUGCUUUGCCUCCAUCCUCAGUGUGACCACAGUUAGCGUGGAGAGAUACAUUGCCAUCCUCCAUCCGUUCCGUGCCAAGUUGGAAAGCACUCGGAAGCGUGCCCUGAGGACCAUCGUGGUGCUUUGGGUUCUCUCUGUCCUCUUCGCCCUCCCCAACACAGGCACCCAUGGCAUUAUGCUGCAGUAUUUCCCUAAUGGCACCCUGAUCCCUGGCUCUGCCACCUGCACUGUAGUCAUGCCCAUGUGGAUCUACAACUGUAUUGUCCAGAUUACUUCUUUCCUCUUCUAUGUGCUGCCUAUGGGGGUAAUAAGUGUGCUGUACUAUCUGAUGGGGCUAAGAUUGAAAGGAGACGAAUCUUUGGAAGCGGAGGAAAUGGCUGUGAAUGUUCAGAGACCAUCCAGGAAAUCGGUUACCAAGAUGUUGUUUGUCCUCGUGAUGGUUUUUGCUAUCUGCUGGGCUCCAUUCCACAUAGAUCGACUUUUCUUCAGCUUUGUUGUGGAAUGGACUGAGCCUCUGGCUAAUAUAUUCAACUUAAUUCAUGUGGUGUCAGGUGUUUUCUUCUACCUGAGCUCUGCCGUGAACCCCAUCAUUUACAAUCUGUUGUGCCAGCGCUUCAGGAUGGCUUUUCUCAGUGUGAUUUCUCCUUGCUGCAAGCACUGGACCCCUAAACAUCCCACUAGCAAGACUUGUACGCAGCAGAACAUCUUUGUGGUUGAGGACCACAAUCUCAUGGAUUCUGCUGAAGACACAAGUCUUCCUGGCACACACAGGACAUCUGUCAGCAGUUCUCAGCUCUCUACUGGUCUGUAACUUUCCAUUUUGUGAUCCAGGUGAGAGAAAUUAAAGAAAAUUACUUUAAGAAAGAAAAAGAGAAGGGUCUCUCCGUAAAGUCUGAUUUCAGCAAGAAGAGUUCACAGUGAUGUCUUGUUGAAUACAUGAAUUAGGAGACUGUAAUAAGCAGGUGGUUAAGAAGCAUUG